AUGGAUGCCAUCGGCCUCGUCUCCGGUAUUCUGGGCAUAGUGGAUUUCUUCCAGAGCAACUUCAAACCUGGAGAGGUUAAAGGCAAUCUCAUCCGAAUCAAGGCCGGUUUGGCCCAGGGUGACGAUGAAGUCGAUAUCGAGGGGAAUAUCGCUGCCGUGUACGCUUGGGAUCAAAGCCACAACUACAUGGGAAAAUCCAAUGGAGGCCAGUAUAUUAAGGAAGGCGACUUCGGUGAUUUUGUGAUGGACCAGUUCGUUGACGGAAAACGGAUCGGGUAUGCUGCGGUAACAGCAGACAAGGAUGCAGUGUGUAUUGCUUGGAUCACCAUCACAAUGAAUGAUGGAACCCCAAAAGGUGCAUGGACUGGAGACAUAGGUUCCGAUUGUGGACAGGCGUGGUAUCCUUCCAACGAAAUUGCUGGAACCCUCAAAGACAGCAACGAAUCCUACUUCCCGCGAUGCACAUGGUUGGACGGGGAUCGCAGUGGUGAUGCCACGGUUGCCGCGAUGAAGUUUUCCGUCGCUGCCUAUGGCAACGAGGUCCAGAAAACCGUCGAGUACAAGAAUCAGUGUCAUUUUACCCUAUGGAGGCCUGUAACUGGAGCCAUCGCAGGGAAACCUGGGAAACGCUCGGAUAUGCCAAGGAAAGCCUGGAUGGAAAACCGCCUCGUUGUUUCGGAAAUACCCCAGCACAAGGCUUCAGACCUGUGUAACUCCACCACCUCUUGGGGUCCGGACUUUGUUGGAAGCGAUGGCAUGUUCUGCGACAUGCACACCAAGACUUUGUCUCCUGUCUGCUCAUUCCACGAUACCGAUGGCUGCAUUGAAGUGGACGUUGAUGAGAAGACGAUCGCGAAGCGAUUCACUGUGGCAAAGCGACAAGUGGUAGAGAAGCACAAGUCGUACGGCAAAGUCAGCCAGUGGUCGUGA